GCACAAGCAGCAAGAUCAAAAGUGAGCCUUUUCUGAUUGCUGCAUAGUGUCAAUUGGCCAAUCUCUUCUCCCAGGGAAAAAAAAAAGUAAAUCAAACCUUUGAGAAGCAUUUGCUGGUUGAAGUGCUUUCUGUCUAGUGAGGGGGUCUGUGGAUUUCUAGUUUAUGAUAAAUAGGACUUUAAAAACCAGGGACAGGAGGGCGAGUGUUCAGGUUCUAGAGCUAUGCAGCUGGAGCACUGCCUUUCUCCUUCUAUCAUGCUCUCCAAGAAAUUUCUCAAUGUGAGCAGCAGCUACCCACAUUCAGGCGGAUCUGAGCUUGUCUUGCACGAUCAUCCCAUUAUCUCGACCACUGACAACCUGGAGAGAAGUUCACCUUUGAAAAAAAUUACCAGGGGGAUGACGAAUCAGUCAGAUACAGACAAUUUUCCUGACUCCAAGGACUCACCAGGGGACGUCCAGAGAAGUAAACUCUCUCCUGUCUUGGACGGGGUCUCUGAGCUUCGUCACAGUUUCGAUGGCUCUGCUGCAGAUCGCUACCUCCUCUCUCAGUCCAGCCAGCCACAGUCUGCGGCCACUGCUCCCAGUGCCAUGUUCCCGUACCCCGGCCAGCACGGACCGGCGCACCCCGCCUUCUCCAUCGGCAGUCCCAGCCGCUACAUGGCCCACCACCCGGUCAUCACCAACGGAGCCUACAACAGCCUCCUGUCCAACUCCUCACCGCAGGGCUACCCCGCGGCCGGCUACCCCUACCCACAGCAGUACAGCCACUCCUACCAAGGAGCCCCGUUCUACCAGUUCUCUUCCACGCAGCCCGGACUGGUACCCGGCAAAGCGCAGGUGUACCUGUGCAACAGGCCCCUCUGGCUGAAAUUUCACCGCCACCAAACGGAGAUGAUCAUCACCAAACAGGGAAGGCGCAUGUUUCCUUUUUUAAGUUUUAACAUUUCUGGUCUCGAUCCCACGGCUCAUUACAAUAUUUUUGUGGAUGUGAUUUUGGCGGAUCCCAAUCACUGGAGGUUUCAAGGAGGCAAAUGGGUUCCUUGCGGCAAAGCGGACACCAAUGUGCAAGGAAAUCGGGUCUAUAUGCAUCCGGAUUCCCCCAACACGGGGGCUCACUGGAUGCGCCAAGAAAUCUCUUUUGGAAAAUUAAAACUUACAAACAACAAAGGAGCUUCAAACAACAAUGGGCAGAUGGUGGUUUUACAAUCCUUGCACAAGUACCAGCCCCGCCUGCAUGUGGUGGAAGUGAACGAGGACGGCACGGAGGACACCAGCCAGCCUGGCCGCGUGCAGACAUUCACUUUCCCCGAGACUCAGUUCAUCGCCGUCACCGCCUACCAGAACACCGAUAUAACACAAUUGAAAAUAGAUCACAACCCCUUUGCAAAAGGAUUUCGGGAUAAUUAUGACACGAUCUACACUGGCUGCGACAUGGACCGCCUGACCCCCUCGCCCAACGAUUCCCCGCGCUCGCAGAUCGUGCCCGGGGCCCGUUACGCUAUGGCCGGCUCUUUCCUGCAGGACCAGUUCGUGAGCAACUACGCCAAGGCCCGCUUCCACCCGGGUGCGGGCGCGGGCCCCGGGCCGGGCACGGACCGCAGUGUGCCCCACACCAACGGGCUGCUGUCGCCGCAGCAGGCCGAGGACCCGGGCGCGCCGUCGCCGCAGCGCUGGUUUGUGACACCGGCCAACAACCGGCUGGACUUCGCCGCCUCGGCCUACGACACAGCCACGGACUUCGCGGGCAACGCGGCCACGCUGCUCUCCUACGCGGCGGCGGGCGUGAAGGCGCUGCCGCUGCAGGCGGCGGGCUGCACCGGCCGCCCGCUCGGCUACUACGCCGACCCGUCGGGCUGGGGCGCGCGCAGCCCCCCGCAGUACUGCGGCGCCAAGUCGGGCUCGGUGCUGCCCUGCUGGCCCAACAGCGCCGCGGCCGCCGCGCGCAUGGCGGGCGCCAACCCCUAUUUGGGCGAGGAGGCCGAGGGCCUGGCCGCCGAGCGCUCGCCGCUACCGCCCGGCGCCGCCGAGGACGCCAAGCCCAAGGACCUGUCCGACUCCAGCUGGAUCGAGACACCCUCCUCCAUCAAGUCCAUCGACUCGAGCGACUCGGGGAUUUACGAGCAGGCCAAGCGGAGGCGGAUCUCACCCGCCGACACGCCAGUGUCCGAGAGCUCGUCGCCGCUCAAGAGCGAGGUGCUGGCCCAGCGGGACUGCGAGAAGAACUGCGCCAAGGACAUAGGCGGCUACUACGGCUUCUACUCGCACAGCUAGGCCGGCCCUGCCCGCCCGGCCCCGCGCCCCGCCGCCGCCCGGCCCCCCAGCCAGCCCCUCGCAGCUCUCCCCAGCUCUUCCUCCCCACGGCCCACCUCGCGCACCCCCUCCUGUCAUUUGGCCCUCGAAUACCGUCUGCAACG